AUGAGCUCUCUGUCCAGCCUUCCAGACGAGGUCAUCAUCCUGAUUGCCGAGGCGUGUGAUGUGCCAGACAAGGCGCGUCUCGCCCGGUCGAACCGCCGCCUGAAUGACCUGGCGACUCGAGUACUCCUGCGAUAUAGUGUGAAGGAAGCGGGCAACAGCGCCAUGUUCUGGGCUGCUGAACAUGGCCAUAUCAACACGCUCGAGAGGAUGCGGUCCUACGGAGCUGAGAUCAACGACACCAGCGGCUCACGACUGGCCACUGUUGUCCGCCGCCUUGAUUCCUUUCCGCAGCACAGACUAUACAGCAGCACAGGCUUUUCCCCUCUUCAUAUCGCCGCCAAGUUUGGACAAAAUGCAGCAGUCAAAUGGCUUUUAAGGAACGGUGCUAGAAUUGAGUCAUUGGCACAGCACGUCUGCCAAUGUGAACCCAGGUUAGGGUACGCUGGGCACAUCGGAGACUUUGACGACGAUGAUGAUAACAUUUACAACGCUUACAACAGCGGGAGCCACGGGCCACACGCUUGGAGCCCCCUACAUAUAUCCAUUUGCAGCGGCAAUACAUCGACGGCAAAGCUGCUCAUAUCUCAUGGUGCCUUGAUUCAGAGUCCUGAACGCGGGCCAUUUCCCAGCACGAAUAUUUUCCACACAGCCGCUCGUCGCAAUAACAUCGCGGCUAUCGAGUUCCUUGUCCGCAAUGGGAUGGUUGGUGUGGAUGAGCCUGACAGUGACGGCUUUUUUGCCCUGCAUCAUGCCUGUUCAUCUCCAGAUAAUCUGCAAGCCCUGAAGAUGUUGAUCCAUCUCGGAGCCUCUCUGGACAUCUUAGAACCAGGCGGCAGAACACCGUUGCGGACGGCCUGCUUGAUGGGCUUCUUUGACGGGGCCGUCGUGCUUCUGGCUGAGGGCGCAAGUUAUGAUAUUUCAAGUACUGAAAGGGCGGCCAUUCUCUUGCGUAUUUCUACACGGCCAUGUGGGUGUUUCCCGCCGCAGCAUCGAUCAGCCGACCCUGCCAUUUGGGAAAAACGUCGAGAAGACUUUCUGCGCCGGCUUGUCGCUAUGGGAGUGAACAUCGAUGAGCGUGUACCAUCGUUUCAGGAGGUUACACCUCUCGCAGCCGCUGCAGCCCAGCGCGGGUCACGUCUGCAUACGCUCCAAGUCCUUCUCGAGCUCGGCGCAGACGUGAAUGCUGUGGACAGCAUGCAAAAGAAUGCGAUAUACCUGCUGCUCGCCGAAGGUGGACGCAAUUUCUGGGCCACGCCAGCAAACAAAGUCGACUUGCUGCUCCGAUACGGGGCCCGUCCAGAUAUGCGAUCCAAGAGUGGAAAUUGCGCAUUGGAUAUGGCGCUGAGACUUUCUGUGGACGAGGGCGAUGCUACCAUCAUGGGAUUCAUUCUCCAGCAUGCCUUGGUGGCGCCCUAUGGACAUAUAUACGUUCGCGACCAGAUCACACGCUCGUUUAACAAUCGCUGCUUUGACGAGUGUCGCAUCCUGGCAAGGUAUGGGGCAGUUCUCGAGUUAUCGGACGAACGACUGGAGGAGAGCAUCAAAGCUGGCAUUUACUCGAGAGAUAUGAAGCACAUUGAUUCGAUCAUCGACCUCUUUCCUGGCCGCACUACGCCCUCCGAGGUUCUCAAGGUGGCCCUUAAGAACUACAAAACUCUAGGACGUGGUGAGUCCAGGAUCAUUAAGAAUUUGCUUGCGAGGCCGGAAUUCGACUCUCCAGGGAACAAUGCUGCUUCUCGGCUGCUCCAGGUUGCCUGCAGGUACCACUCACCUGUCCCUAUUGCUCAGCUCCUGCUAGAGAAAGGCGCACAGGUGAACGGAUUCGAUUCCUGGUGGGAGACUCCCCUAUCUUGUGCCGUCGCCUGUGGAUGUCGCCCCAUGGUGAGGUUCCUACUGCUUCAUGGAGCUGACCCACAUAUGGCACCCUUAAACAAAGACUGGAGUGCUUAUGUAUACGAAGUUACCCAUAAGUCUGACGGGCACAGUGCCUAUAUGCCCGAUACCGGAUACCCAACAGCAUUCACGAGAGCGAUCACGGAGUUGCACAACCAUCGACUCAUCCGAUGUUCUUGUAAGCCCAACGCCGACGAGACACUGCCCCGUCCCCUGGAGCUGAUCCUGGAGCACCUGCCGCUGCCGCUGCUCCCAAAAGACCCGCGGGCCCUGAGCUACAUCCAUCUUGCUCUGGAAUGGCCCGAGGCCCUCCAGGUCCUACUGGCGAAGGGCGCGGACCCCAACUCUGGAGACCACUGUGUUCGCCCGCCACUGUUGUACUUUCUCGACAUGGCCGACAAAUGGAAACCCGCGAAUCCGGACGCCCUCCGUCUUCUUCUCGAGUUCGGGGCCGACAUCCACCGGACAGACGACAGGGGAAGGUCGUUCCUGACCAUGAUGAAAUGGUCCAGAAUUCCCAUGGCCGAUGGCAUGUUAGACAACGGUGAAUUCGAAGGCGAGGGGUUGGGGCCCACAGCAUGUUCUCUUUUGAGGAACUUCUUCGGUAACUUGGUCAGAAGCCAUCCAUACCUCGCAAAGGCAAACUACGGCAAGUGUCUCGAUCGGUGGGCCGUGAGCAAUGACGGGAAAAUGCAGAUCACUUUCUAG